AUGGCCGCGAACGACCCCGGCCUUGCGCCGCUGAACGCGCCAGCAGAAGACCCUAUCAAAGGCGCCAUCGGCGUCCCCAUCGACAACGAAACGCCAGUUGCGCCUGAUCAGUUCGAUCCGAAAUACGAAACUACGAAGAAAGAGAUUUGGGCGUACUACACGUACUAUAUUGGUGACAAUGGUCUGACGCUGUUCAACUUCGGCCCCACUGCAUUCCAGAACCUGAUGUACCAAGCCGCUGGAGACUCCGAGAUUCUCCACUUUGCAGGCCGUGACCGAACCAUCAACAGCAUUGUCCUCCUCUGCAAUGGUAUCAGCUUCGCCAUCCAAAUCGUGGUAUUCUUGAUCCUGGGCUCUUUCGCGGAUUUCGGAACAUGGCGCCCCAACAUCUUGAUCGUGCUUUCCUUCAUUGCCUUUGGAAUCGGAUUCGGCUGGUUGGGCGUGCACACCGCAGAAGACUGGCACAUUGGUGUGGGUCUUUACAUUGUUGGCCUGAUCGCCUACCAGACAACCAUAACAUUUUGGACCGCUGCAUUUCCAGGACUCGCAAGAAAUACCAGGGAUCUACGUGAGAAAGCCGAAGACUUUGCCGAAGGACGGAUUUCCCGCGCCGAGUACGAUUUCGCCGACAUGAUGAAGAGGAAUGAGCUGUCCAACACGGCUUUUUACACGCAGUCUGUAUUCGAAAUCGCCAUUCUAGCUGUAAUCGUUGGGAUCAUGUUUGGCCUGCACGUCAAUGACAGCGACGCAAACAACAACUGGGGUCUCUCCGUUCUCAUUGCAUUCGCAACCGGUGUAUGGAUCUUAUGUGCCAUUCCGUGGUUCGUGAUGGAGAAAAGGAGGCCUGGGCAGGACCCAGGACAAUCGAAUAUUAUCAUUGCUGGUUUCAAGCAGCUUGGGUACGCUGUGAGCCAAAUCUGGCAGCUCCGUCAGAGUCUGGCAUACCUCGUUGGCUAUUUUUUACUCGGUGAUAGCCUCAACACAACGGUGACAGUUAUAGGGACACUCCAGAACGAGAUCGUAGCAUACAACAGCUUGCAACUCACGUAUCUCCUAAUCGUCGGUAUCGCCGCGCAAGCCGUCGGCAUUGGUGCAUUCUGGCAGAUCCAGAAGCGCUGGGGACUAUCAACGAAGACCAUGUUCACAGUCGUUGCCUGCGCCAUUGUUAUAUUAGAUGGCUGGGGCAUGAUUGGUAUCUGGACUCAAGCAUUCGGCUUUCACAAGGCCUGGGAGGUGUGGGUAUACCAGGCCUUCUACGGGCUGUUCGUUUGCCCAUGGUACAGCUACUCGCAGACUAUGAUCAGUGAGGUCACUCCGCGCGGCAGAGAAUUCCUGUUCUUCAGUCUAUUCUCUAUUGUCGGCAAGACUAGCGCCUUCAUUGGGCCGCUGGUCAGCAGCGCUAUCAUCGACGAUACCGGGAACAACAGCAGCCCGUUUUACUUUUUGUUUGCGCUGAGUCUGGUCAGCUGUGUGUUCUUGUACUUCUUCGUCGAUGUGGAGAAGAGUAGGAUUGAGCAGCAAGAUUUUUUGGACAAGGCGGAAUCGAUGGCGCCGUCUCGAAUUUCUGAUGUAGAAAGUUGA